CCCACUGCGAGUGCCUCUCGACGCCCAUCCCCCACCCCAGCAACUGCCGCACGCCGCGCCGUUGCAUGCCACUGCUGCCGCUGCAGAGUGCCCGUCUCACCUCGCUCCUCGCUCGCCGCGCCGCCUUUGCUGCGCCGCCGCCGCUGCUCCGUGCCGCGCCGCGCCCGCUGCUCCUCGCCCGCGCCCCUCCGCUCCUCCGCUCCGCCAUGUCUGACGCUGCGCCGGCCGCGGCGCCGAAGCUGCUGCUCGACGAGGUGACGGGCGACAUGGUCUCGAAGAACGAGCUCAAGGCGCGCCAGAAGAAGCGCAGCAAGGACGCCGAGAAGGCCGCAAAGGCCGCCGCCGCACCCGCGCCCGCCGACAAGCCCGCCGGCGCCGCCAAGGCUGCCGCCAAGGCCGACGACGAGGAGCUGACGCCGUCGCAGUUCUACGAGCGCCGCGCGCGCGAGAUCCUGCGCCUGCGCGAGACGCGCGACCCGGACCCGUACCCGCACAAGUUCCACGUCUCGUCGUCCAUCACCGACUUCAUCGAGCGCUGGGAGGGCCAGACCAAGGCCGGCGAGCACAUCGAGGGCGAGGUCGUGAGCCUGGCGGGCCGCAUCCACAACAUGCGCUCCGGCGGCAGCAAGAUCCGCUUCUACGACCUGCACGGCGAGGGCGUCAAGGUGCAGAUCACCGCGCAGAUCCAGAACCACACCGACGGCGACUUCUUCGCCGCGCACGACCUGCUGCGCCGCGGCGACAUCGUCGGCGUCAAGGGCUUCCCCGGCAAGACGAACAAGGGCGAGCUCUCCAUCUUUCCCUCGUCGAUCACGCUCCUGGCGCCGAACCUGCGCAUGCUGCCCAAGGCGCCCGCCGGCGCCGCGGCGCGCGGCGGCUUCACGGACCAGGAGCAGCGCUACCGCAAGCGCUACCUCGACCUGAUCAUGAACCCGCACGUGCGCGACAUCUUUGUCAAGCGCGCCAAGAUCAUCAACUACGUGCGCCGCUACCUCGACAACCUCGGCUUCCUCGAGGUCGAGACGCCGAUGAUGAACAUGAUUGCCGGCGGCGCCACGGCCAAGCCGUUCGUGACGCACCACAACGACCUCAAGCUCGACCUCUUCCUGCGCGUCGCGCCCGAGCUGUACCUCAAGGAGCUCGUCGUCGGCGGCCUGGACCGCGUGUACGAGAUUGGGCGCGUGUUCCGCAACGAGUCCAUCGACCAGACGCACAACCCCGAGUUCAGCAUCUGCGAGUUCUACAUGGCGUACGCCGACAUGCACGACCUCAUGGAGAUGACCGAGAGCCUCAUCUCGGGCCUCGUCAAGAGCGUCACGGGCGGCUACAAGGUCAAGUACCACCCCGACGGCAAGGACGUGCCCGGCGGGCGCGAGUUUGAGAUCGACUUCAGCACGCCGUGGAAGCGCUUCGACAUGAUCAAGGAGCUCGAGGCGAAGCUCGGCGUCACGCUGCCCGCCGCCGACACGCUGCACACCGAGGAGGCGCGCGUCUUCCUCUCCGACCUCGCCGCCAAGCACAACGUCGACUGCAGCGAGCCGCGCACGUGCGCGCGCCUCAUCGACAAGCUCGUCGGCGACAUCAUCGAGGUGCAGUGCGUGAACCCGAGCUUCAUCGUCGGCCACCCGCAGGUCAUGUCGCCGCUGGCGAAGCGCCACCGCGACAUUCCCGGCCUCUGCGAGCGCUUCGAGGUCUUUGUCGCCACCAAGGAGAUCUGCAACGCCUACACGGAGCUCAACGACCCCUUCGACCAGCGCGAGCGCUUCGAGGAGCAGACGCGCCAGAAGGACGCCGGCGACGACGAGGCGCAGGGCAUCGACCACGUCUUCGUCGACGCGCUCGAGCACGGCCUGCCGCCGACGGGCGGCUGGGGCAUGGGCAUCGACCGGCUAGUCAUGUUCCUGACGGACUCGAACAGCAUCAAGGAGGUGCUGGCGUUCCCGGCCAACAAGCCGCUGCCGACGCAGGAGGCUGCGCCGGCCACGGCCGCUACGUCGAGCAGUGCGCAGUGAGGUGCUCGGCAGGGCGGGGCAAGGGUGCGCGCCGCGCAGAUAGAUUAAUCGUAAGGCGGUAUACUAAGAG